UCAGAAAAGGACUGAGUCCAGCUGCAUGAUGAGUGCUGCUCAGAGUCAGUCGACAUUGGAGGCCAAACUGGAGGCCCUGCAGUGUCACUUCACCUGGGAUCUUGACCCCAGCAGGUCCAAACUUUUCCGUCUCAGGGACAAGCUGGAGGACAUUGGCACAGUGGAGGGAUAUAACUGGUUGGGUCACAUUUACAACCUGCAGGGGUACAUCCACUACCAGCUGGGCUUCACUGAUAAUGCCAGGAGUUUCUUCAGCAGGGCUGCAGAGGCCUUCCGCCAGAUGCGAAACACUGUCUCAGAUGAGGGUCCAUGGCUGGUGGUGAACUAUGGGAACCAGGCUUGGCUGCACUACCAUCAGGGAAACAAAGCAGAGAGUCAGGCUUACCUGUCAAAGGUCUACGCCCUGAUGACUGAAUACCCAUCUCCAUCACAGGACGAGCUGCAUCCUGAGAUCUACGCAGAGAAAGCCUGGACUCUGAUGAAGUUCAGCAGAGAAAAAAAGCAGCUGGCUGCAGACUACUUCCAGAGAGCCAUCAGGAUGCAGCCGGACAUGGUGGAGUGGCAGAGCAGCCAUGUGUUAGCGUUAGUAAAUGUUUUUAAACACAGCAACAAAAACCUGAGUGAUGACAUCUUGGAGAGAAUGAAAAUCGCCAAGGAACACGACCCAGAGAACUUGUACCUUGCUGCUCUUUACCUCGAAGCAUGUGCUAUGAAAGGACAGAAAAUUGAAGAUGAAGCACGUGAGUUGGCCAGAGCUGUUUUGAAAAAGCCUGUUAGUAGCUACAGUGGUAUUGAACCAUUACUAAGGCUGUACAGAAUCUAUAUAUCUAUGGAUGAGGCUAUUGAUUUGGCAGAGGAGGCUCUGGAAAGACAUCCAGAUGAACGUUAUCUCAAAAGGUGUGUGGCAACCUGCUACAAAAUGAGAAUCUUUUUACACAGAGACAGUCCCCUGGAGCACAGCAUGGUCGAAAGAGCAAUCAGUGUCUACAGGGAAGUGAUUUCUCUUUACCCCAAUUCUUCACUUAAAAGCAAAAUAGCUCUUGCAAACAUAUAUGCACAGUCAAACUACAGCCAAGCUGCAGCUGACCAGAUAUAUGAGGAACUGCUAGAAAGUGAUCUAGAUCCUAAAGGGGCACAGAUGCUUUACAACUACUAUGCAAAACAUCUACAUUUCAUUCAAAAGGAGAGCCACAAGUCGAUAGAGUACCACAUGAAGGCAGCAGCUAUACCACAACAGUCUUUCUAUCAAAAGAACAGCGUCAGUAUUCUGGAGAGGAUUAGAGAAAGAAACAGAAACAGAAUGUGUGGAGAAAUAGAGGAGUUUCUGACUAACCUGCAACACUAAGAGCCUACUGUCCAACUGAGUGUUUGAUUUGAGUUUUACAGUUAUGAGAUGAAGAUUUCACAAUAUAAACACACAUUCCCUCUAUUUUGGUUUGGUCUUACCACUCUCAGAGCAGGCACAACUGCUCAGCACCCAACAGCACACAGAUGUUAGAGACGACCUGGUGAAUAUACUGGAGUGUUUAGCAGCUUAAGAGCUUUACGUCCACCAGGUGGACACAAACACAACUCUAAAUGAAUGAUAAUGUUGCUCUGUUGUUGCUGGAUUACCAUAUCAACUUGAAAGCUGAUAACAGUGUGUGUCAGCGCUGCCCCCAAGUGGCCACAAAAAAAAUGAAAAGCAGAAAGUGAAGUCUGGCACUUCAGUACGUCUACAUCACCACAGCGAACCACUGAGGUUCAACAAAAACAUUUUCAGGGACUGAACAACUGAUCUGAGCUGCUUGCAAACUGUCAUAUGAAACACUGUUACUAUAGAAAAUAAUAAUUAUAGCCACUUUAACAGUGGUGACAUUUAGAAACAGGACUUUUUGAGAUUUAGACUUAAAGAUCAUGAUUUUAAUACUGAAGGUGGAGAACGACGUUAAAAACACCUAACUGGAAGACAACAGGGUGUUGUGGUUUUUAAGGAGGCAGCUUUCAACUGAACAUGUGGACAUGAGCUGGUUGGUUGGUAACUGAAGUAGGCGCUAAUGGAUUCAUGUGGCCUGAAUAGUAACAAGACACACAAAAAAUAUUACAAGGGUGGAUUUCUACCAUAAAUGU